AUGGCAGGAUCUGGAGGUGGUGAGCUGCGAGCUCCGAUCUUCAAUGGUGAGAACUAUAAGUUCUGGAGCAUAAGGAUGAAAACCAUUUUCAAAUCUCAUGGGAUUUGGGAAUUGGUUGAGAAAGGAAUAGGAAGCUCAGAUUCGAAGGGAGCUGAUGAAUCUGAUGCAAAGCAGAAGGAAAAAGAGGAAUCGAGUGGUGCUGGGAAGAUGGCUCUAGCCGAGAUCCUGAUGAAAGAUGCUAAGGCCUUGGGGUUGAUUCAAGGAGCUGUAUCUGAAGAGAUCUUCCCUAGGAUUUCUCAUGAAGAAUCAUCUCAUGGAGCCUGGAAUAUUCUGAAGCAGGAAUUUCAUGGUGAUAAGCAGAAAAUGUUAAUUAGCCUGCUGCCUGUGUAUGAUCCAAUCUGUUCUGUAAUUGAACAUUCAAGGGAUCUAGAUGUAAUUGAGGUUCAAGAGGUGGUAGCCUCAUUGAAGAGCUUUGCUCAAAGAUUGGAAAGACAUCAUGAGAACAAGACUGAGAAGGCCUUUGCUAGUCUGAGUGUGGAUUCCAAAUCAGCUAAGGCCACUGGAAAUCAGAAUAACAAGCAGCAGAAGAAUUGGAAGGAUAAGGGGAAGAAGUGGGAUAAUAAACCUGCUGAUGGAACUAAAAAUCCUUGCAAACAUUGUGGGAAAUUGCAUUAUGGAGAAUGUAGAUUCAAGGGCAAACCGAAGUGCUAUAACUGUGACAAGCUUGGUCACAUUGCCAAAGACUGCUAUAGUAAGAAACCUGUGCAGCAGCAAAGCAACUGUCCAUGGAAGAGGUAUGGUACUUGGACAGUGGGUGUAGUAACCACAUGA